AUGGAGAUAAAAAAGAGGGGCAGACAGCAGACAUUUCGUUGUCAAGGGCGACAUGAGACUAGAAUGAGCAAGGUGACACAGCAGAGAUAUAUACAGAUAGACUACAUACCACCUGACGGACAAGCAGACAGACAAUGGACGGUGCCGUCUUUUGAGGCUGGUGCUCUUCCCACCUGGGGGGAUGGGGUGAGGUCAAAGGGUCGCGAGAUCGACUCGCGGGGAUUACAGUGGGAUAGAGGUGGUUUGCGGAAGAGACAGACGUCACGUCGUAUCACCGUACCAACAAGCAGGGAGAAUAGAGGAAGAAGUAAACGAGUAGUUAGAAAAGGGAGGCGACGGAGCAGACUGGAUGAGCCGCAAGCUGCAGCCUGUUGCCCUGAUCGUUAUAGUCGAUCCGACUUGCACAAGUACGAGCGGCAGCAACAGCACUCAACUACUCCUGUAUCGUUUCAACGUAAUUUUCAACAACGGCAAUUUCAUCGGAAGGAGAUUUCCUCUAGCGGCUCAAAGAAAGAGUCUGCGGGAGAAAUCAGGCGCGACUGUUGCAGUCCUACAGUUACGCGUAGUAAGCAAAAGCUGGAAAAAUUGUCGCAACGACAGCGAAAUUCAAUUUUUGCAUUCGCGAGGGCAAAGUUGAGUUCUUUUGUCAAUCGACUAAGUUUAAGUAGUGGAGCGGGAUGUGCAGCAACUCGGUUUCUAACUACCACUAGCAACAUCACUACUGCCAACAACACUGAUUUGUCAUCUGUCAUUUCAUUCCAUUCUCGACAGAAUUCCCAGCAGAAUACUGUUCAAACGGAUCCGUAUUCUGCCACAACUCUGUCAAUUACAGCUUCCACAUCAUCCGUGCAGUGCAAUGCUUCACCUAACUCAAAUGAUGGCGAAUAUUUGCACCAUUUGCAAAAGCAGAAACCAGCAACUUCUUCAGCGUCCUACAGUCUUUUCCAGCAAACCAGUUAUCCGGCAGCUGUUUACUUGGCCGAUGGUGAAAACAGUCAUCUCCGCAUGGAACGUUUGGUACCGAAGGAGGAGAAUGAGAAGUGGAUCCGAGCACCACCCAAUUGUAACCCGUUCGAUACGCGUGCAUCCUUCACAUGCUCCUCAUUAUCAUGUCGAGUCCCAGUUACUCAGGCUACUUAUGGGCGUAGCAGGCUUAAUACAGCAACCGGUAUCGAACGACCAAGUUCUAGUGGAGCAGCGAUGACUAUACGAGGUAAUAGAUGUCAUGGUCAAAAAUGUACCGAACAGGCUCGAAGCAAUGACAGUUUGCUGACAGACUGUCGACAGUAUGAAGAUGGUUGUUUUUCGUCACAUUUACGAUGGCUUUCAAGGAAAGAAUUUAAUGAGAACCGCUCCCAAAUUGAUUCUCGUCCGGUGGUUUAUGUUCCUGUACUUUGCGAAACAGUGUGUAAUACAAAUAUUCAUCGAGCCGUUACGAGCAGUAUGACAAAUGAUGAUAAUAAAAAUCGUAUCAACAAGCCGUCAUCAUCGUUGCCAUCAUCUUCAUCACUGUUACGCCAGAUAUCUACUACCAUUCUUCCUGCUCCGUCUACAUUUGCAUCUGACAGUAAUGCAGAUAUUGUUGUUGCUGAUGGUUGUACAUCAAUUCCUAUGAAUUGUAAUACGGAUAUGAUGACACAUCAACCAUCGGGCGCGAAAUUCGACAGUCCAAAAGAGGAGGAAGAGGAAAGAGUUGAGAAAUUAAAGGAUGAAAUUAUCACGGGUCUCUCAUCUCAAUUAGUAUUCCUUUUGUUUGUGUAAUACGAGGAGUAAUAGGAAUAAUAGCAGGAGAAGGAUAGCCGUGGAGUAGUAACUAAGCACCUUCCUGGAGAUGGAUUUCUUGAAAUCCAUAAUUUUCAGGAUCGUGUAGAACCAAGGGAAAAGAAGGGUAUAAGGACCUCUUUAUUCAUGUAUGGAAGAUGGAACAAAGCUAUUGUAUUGUUUGGAUUGAUGUGCUUGUUUGGACAUUAUUUUGUAAUGGCUGCUCAAGUGAAAGGUUGAAGAAGAUUCUAGUAAUAGAAUUUAUCCAAGGGAAAUCUCAUUUUAUGUCCAUCCUUCAUCUGAUCAUUAUUGUAAAAAGCAUCUUUUCAUUGAUCUGUUGAGAAAACUAGCCGUGUAUUCAGUAACACUGUUUUUCUGUCUUCUUUCUCUGUUUCCUCCCUACUUUUGGUCUGUCCGCGUCUAAAAGCUCUUCGUAU